UCGCAGUCGCCAUCUCUCGUGAUGCGAGGAAAACACGGAACGUGAAGAAAAUAUGGCGGCCCGCAAGGUUGUUGAGAGAUGUUUCGUGACAGUUUCAAAUAUUACAAAAGCCGAAAUCCCGCACCCGAUCUCGACGAUGUGAUCGACCUUGAAAGUCCAGAGCAUGUUAGAGUUAGGAAAAUAGAGGCAAAUGUAAGUGAUAAACAGACCGAAGAUAAUUUCGGUUUGACAUCAGCAGAGAAAUGGACGAUUUAUGAAUUGCUAAACAUCCCCGGACUUAUCUUUAUUCAGAAUCCAUUUACACCAAAUGGCCAACGAUAUUGGAUCACAAAAUGUUUGAAAGAUUAUUCUAAGGAACCAUACAAAUUAAAUAUAGAUGCUCAUAAUAUUUUAGCUAAUGAAACAUGGUGGGAGAUCUGUUUUCAGAUGUCGGAAAGAGAUAAAAUUCUCUUACCUAAAUUACGUUGGGCAACAUUGGGAUAUCAUCAUAAUUGGGAUACAAAAUUAUACUCCGAAAGCUCAAAGAGCGACAUGCCAAUAGAAUUAUCUGGUUUAACAUCCAUUUUAGCGAGAACAUUAGGUUUCUCGGACUUUAAAGCAGAAGCAGCAAUUGUGAAUUACUACCGAAUGAAUUCAACUUUGGCGGGACAUACAGAUCAUUCGGAGAUGAAUAUAACAGCACCACUUUUCUCUAUAAGUUUCGGACAGACUGCAAUUUUUCUGAUUGGUGGACCAAAACAGGAAGAUCCAGCUAAUGCGAUCUUUCUGCGAAGUGGAGAUGUAAUAAUAAUGUCGGGAAAUUCUCGUUUGAGGUAUCACGGAGUGCCAAAAAUUUUAUCGGCGUCCAAGACACCGUGGAACGAUAAUUGCGAGAACAGUUGCGAAAAUUGUACAUACAGUUACGAUGACUGGCGCAAAGCGCGUACUUACAUCGCCGAAGCUCGGAUUAAUAUAAAUAUACGACAAGUCCUGGAACCUGGACAAAUUGUAUUAUAUUGAACCGCAUUGUAUUUUUAUGUACAGAAAUAUAUCAAAAUA